GCAACUUCCGUCCGCUACACGCAAAACAGGCCACUUUAGAACUACAAUUCCCAUAAUGCACCCGAAUGCUUGUCCACCACGGGAUUUCUAGGAUUCAAUGCGGAUUGCAGUCGCAUCUACAUCAAGCUAUUUAGCGGUUCACAGCACUGGAAACUUCAAAUCGUCAGUCCAGAGAGGGAAAAGUUCACUAGCACAAGAAACAAACAUUUUUCUCAAAAUUGAGAAUGACAGAUCGAGCAAACAACUUCCCCCCUCUGCCAAAGUUUUUUCGCAUAAAGCCAUGUUUUUACCAGAACGUGGCUGAGGAAAUUCCACAACCCCACCAGCAGCUUGUGCGUCGUGUUUACAAUCUUUGGAUGUUGUACUGUAUCACACUGUGUGUCAAUGUGGUGGCCUGCAUUGCUUGGUGGGCCGGUGGGGGUGGAGCGAUCAACUUUGGGUUUGCGCUCCUCUGGCUGCUGCUUUUCAGCCCAUGUAGCUACACCUGCUGGUUCAGGCCACUCUAUAAAGCAUUUCGGGCUGAUAGUUCCUUCAACUUCAUGGCAUUCUUCUUCAUUUUCUUUUUGCAAUGUGUUCUUGCCUUCAUCCAGAGUCUUGGAAUAUCAGGUUGGGGUGCUUGUGGUUGGAUUGCCACAGUGAUGUUUUUCGGCACAAAUGUAGUCUCGGCUAUAUUCAUGCUCAUCUGUACUCUGCUCUUUACCAUAGAUACAGUUCUAAUGGUGUUCAUUCUUAUCAAGGUUCAUCGACUGUAUCGCGGUGGAGGAGGCAGUUUUCAGCAGGCUCAGGAAGAAUGGAGCACUGGGGUGUGGAAAAGCGCCCCUGUGAGGCAAGCUGGAUUCAAUGCCAUCUCUGAAACCGGCCCCAGCCUGCCCCAGUAUCCAGCCGCAGUGCCCAGUUACCCAGAGAGCGGGCCCUGGUGAUACCUCUUCUGAACUACAGAUGGGGCCAGAGCACAAAUGCUUGUCUUAACAUUAAAGGGCACAUUGAAGUGGGACCCCAAGAAAACACUUCGGCCAGAUCACAAACUUGUGAAUAUUUCCAUUGUUUUUGAACAAUGUAGCAAAAAGAUCUUAUGUUAAAUCACUCCUUAAAGAAUGAGCAUAAACCUAAUUAUUUUUUAUUUUUUUUUGCCUUAAAAUAAUCAAUUUUAUGUGAAUGAGGAUCUAAAAUGUGUCAAACCACUUUCCUGGGUGCAAAUUCUGCUAAAACGCUAAUAACCAAGCCAAAUCAGCAAACAGCUCCUUUAAAAACUCUCUCAACACAUACUACUCUCAAACAGAUGGCAAAAUGGUGGACCGUAAACAGCAAAAAAAUUACGCUUUACAUUUACGAAUUCAUCUCAUUUCAUCUUAGCCUUGAUUUUUCUUAGCAUUGUUUGAGAAAGAAAUCAAAAUAUUUGCAUAUCAAAUCACUGAACUGUGUAGAAUACAAAUGCAGAUUGCAUCACGUACAAUCACAUUAGUGUUUCAGGGAAAGUGAAUUUUAAAAGAGUAAAAAGCAUGUCAGAAUUUCUUUUCUCAAACAUGGCAGCUUUUCUAUUUACUUCAUGAAAUUAGCUCUCACAUUUCCACAUCAAUUCACUUCAAACUUUGGUUAAUUAUUCCCUCACUUUUAAGACUCACAAGCAUGUCUUUGUAAAUAGUAUGAUUUGCAUGACACCUUUUGUAUAUUGCUACUAAGCAUUGCAGAUUUUAUAAGAUCUAUGACAGAGAAUGUUUCUUGCAAACAUAUUGUGCCUGCUUUCUUUUCUGUUCAAAGCUUUCCACAUCUUCUAAAUGAAGACUGCCUUAAUUGUUCAUGCAAAUGAAGCAUGUGUGAACCAAUAUCUUUCGAGUUUCCCUUAAGUGCUACAACUUAAUUGGUCGAUGUGGCUACAUCCUCUGCUAUUUUUAAUACUGGCUUCUGAGUAUGUAUUACUUUGCAAUUAUUUCUGGUUUUACUACAGUAAUCAUUGUGCUUCGUAUUGGAGCAUUGUGAUUACAAAUGCGUUGGGAAGGGGGCACUCAUUAUGAACAUGUGACUUAAUCUUUUUUACUUCUCAUUUAAAAUCUCCCUCUACCGAGCCAAAGGAGGCUGAGUUUAAAAUGUUCCAUGACUGGCCUUGUGUAGCCAAAGUAUUUAACAGUCCUGUAUCUAAACUGUGACCACAAUGGCUCUCUAACUAACUUUAUUUCAAUAAAAACAUUCCUUUUCAGACUGAAA